CUGGCCCCGCUCCGCGAGCGGCGCGGGGAAGGCGCCGCGUCCCGCACGGCGCGGGUCCCGCGUCGCUGCCGCUCCGGGGCCGGUCGGUGCUCGCGCCCCGAGCGCCGUCCCGCUGCUCUCCCUCGGUGCUGCCUCCCGCCGCCAAGGCACCGACUGCCAGUCCCGCCCCGCGCGUCUGUCGCCGUGCCGGGCGCGGGGCGGAGUGGCAGCCGGCACAUGGCGCGCUGCGGCGGCGGCGCGGUGCCGAAGGGCCCCGGCCCGGCGGCGGCGGCGGAGCGGCAGCGGCUGAAGGAGGCGCUGGCCGAGCAGCUCCGGCAGGACCUCGACAGGCUGCUGGUGGAGGGGACCCACUCCGACGUGACCUUCCGAGUAGGCGAUGAGGAAGUGCGGCUGCACCGGGCGGUGCUGCUGGCGCGGGCGCCGCUGGUCUGCGAAGAUCUGGCGGGGGGGCAGCUGCAGCUGGGCGGCGUGGAACCCGCGGAGUUACGGGAGUUCCUGCGGAUUCUAUAUUCAUCUGAUACAAAUAUUAAAGACAUUGAGGAGCUGUUUAUGAGGAAAAUACAAGAAAGCAACAGUACUACUCUUCAGAAGGCUCAAGAAAAUGUAAAUUGUCUUGAACAAAGCAAAAGAACACCAGUUGAUCAGAAUAGUCCCAGUAGAGCUGUGCAGAAAGAAGUUGUUUGUUUGUCUGGUAUUGAGGAAGAAAUUCCAGAAGAAGUCAUCGAUUCAGAAAGCAACAAAGCUGCUGCAGGUAAUUCCAAAGUAGAAACUGCUUCUGCAUUAGGAGAAGACUUAUUGAUGCUCUACAAGAAGUGCUGUUGUCCAGAUAUUAAUAUUUGCGUAGAAGGCAAAGAUUUUCAAGCUCACAGGGCCAUUUUAUGUGCCAGAUCUAGUUACUUUGCUGCUAUGCUGAGUGGAAGUUGGGCUGAGAGCUCUCAAGAGCACAUCACUCUUCAAGGCAUAAGCCAUGCAGAAAUGAAUGUCAUCUUGCAUUUUAUAUAUGGAGCUAUUUUGGACUUCCCAGAUGAAGUUGAUGUUGGUCGCAUGUUGGGCAUUGCAGACAUGUAUGGGCUGGAUGGACUAAAAGAAGUAGCUAUCUACAUUUUGAAAAGAGAUUACUGCAAUUUUUUCCAAAAGCCUGUUCCUGGCAAACAGCAACCUGUACUAGAAUGCAUGGCUAUUGCUCAUUCAUGGGGAGUGGAAAACCUAUACGCUGCUUGCAUGAAAUGGGUAGGAAAACAUUUUGCAAGAUGUUUUUCAGAGAAAAGCUUUGCCAAUUUACCUACUGAACUUCAGAACAAUUGUCUUGUUAUGUUGAUUAACUCUUUGAACCACAAGAAUGCUGCUUCCCGUCUGAUGGAGAGUGACCGGCUGAUCAACAGCCUUCCCCGAGUGAAAUGGACACAGGCAGCUGUGGCCUCGGCAUCACGGCUGCAUGAGGAAUGUGUAACCUUUAUUGUCGCAAACUUCCUACACGUGGUACAAAGUGAAGGCUUCUCUGUUUUGUUGCAGGCACAGGCAAUGAGCAGCAAACCUGACCUUCUAGAACUAAUUUCCAAUGCAAUUGAAAAAAGCAUUCAUAAUGAAAAUAGCUGCUGUCUUCUGGUAGCGGUGGAUAUGUUGUUGGAGUCUGCAAAUGUGAAGGAGAUGGGUUUUACGUGCAAGAUCCAGGCGCUGCGUGAUAAGCUCUGGGUCUUCCUGGUUCAGUCUUUUUAUGCUGUUCGUCACACAGAAGGCUGGAAGCUGCUGAGGCCAGACCAUCAACAGAAAAUACAAGCAGCUGCAUUUGACAAGGGUGAUGACCGAAGACUUGGCAAAAAACCUGUAUUCACCAGUUCUCAGCUAAAUAAAACUACUACUGCAUCUGUUGGUAUAAAGAACACUUCCUGGGCAGAACACAGCAAGAAAGAUUGCUGGGGAGAUUCUUCCACUAAUCAGGAUAAAAUGAAAUCUGAUGGAUUAGGAGCAUCUGGACAUGCAUCCACCAAUAGAAACACUGUUAAUAAGACUUCAAAGCAUGAGGAUGUAAAGGGGAAAGAUGGCAAAAAAUUAGUUUCCAAGAUUACCAAGGAUUCCAAACCUGGGGAAAAAGCUGCUUUGCCAAAGGCUAGAGCUGUUAUAAAGACAAAAAUAGAAAAUAAUGGAAAUGUGAAGGCUGAAAGCAUGCUUACCAAGCAAGACAUAGAGAAGACAUCAUCUGCAAGUGGACAGAAAAAUUCAGGAAGCAGCAAAGGACUAAAGAACCAUGAAGGAAAAACUGCAGGUGCCAGACCUAAAGUGCUGACAGUAACCUCAAGCAUGCAGAACAAAACAAAGCCAUUGAAAAAAUCUACAGGGAAGGAAUCUCCCUCCUUGGUGACUGUGGCAGCAACUACCAGCAAGUCAGCAAAUUCAAACAUGGAUAUCCAGACUGUGGGUGAACAGACAGAGGAACCCAAAGAGGAUAAAUCAGUAGAGGAAGGGAAGAAACAGACUGUAGUGAAAACAAAAGCAUCUGUGAAGGUAUCAAAUGGAGUCACAACCAAAAAAAAAAAGACUGAACUUGAGGCUAAUGUCACAACAAGCAGUGUGACAAAAAAACCAACAGGAAAAGUGUGUAAUGAGCAAAAUGUACAAGCUGUUCUAAAGAAAAAAGGGAAUGUGAGUACAAAUUCUGCAGCACAGCAAAAGACUCAAAACACACCUACCAAUUCUCCCAAGAGCCAAGGACCUCAGGGGGAAUCACCAAAUUCAUUGAAAUCGGGAGUGUCUCCAAAACAUAAUGAAGACAAAAAUGUGUUACAACACCUGGUUCAGACAACACUCCCAGAAAAACAUCCUGCAGCUAAGAAGAAGAGUAUUAAACAAUCACAAACACCUGUAACAAAGUCCACUUCAAAAAUAAUACCUAAGACUCCGGCUCCAUCUAAGAAUGCUGAGAUUACCAAUAGUAAAGACUCGAAACAGAAAACAGCUGUAUUAAAAUCUCAGUCCUCUGCCCAAAAGCAUUCAAGGAGUGAUUCUCCUGUUGUCCAGAAGAAUGUGCACACCUCUGAGCACACAGGCUCAGGACAGAAACUUGAGAAAAACACAGCUGAUGCUGUGGCAGGUCAGCUCCAUAACAAUAAUGAAUGCUAUUCUGCAAAGGAAUCUCUAAAAUCUGCCAUGGAAAGUGGCACUGACAAUAAAUUGCUGGAUUCCUAUCAAUCCAAUAAGCAAAAAUUACCAGAUUCUUCUGAAACUGUGCAGCAUGAAAUACAAUCCAAACCUUCUCCUCAAAUUGCAGAAGAAAUUAGUAAUAAACUGAAUGUUUCACUACCAAAUGACAUGGAGACAAGACAAAUCUGUGGAGAUCAGACUGGAAUUGGAAAGAUUGAUGGUCCAGAGAAAGAUGGUAAUACAGCUGAAUUUCACUGUCAUGCACAGUCUUCCAAUGAUGGAUAUUCAGACUUUUCCAAGGAAACCAGUCAAAAAGCUAUUGUUUUAGGAGAACUGGUGAAAGAUUCAAAAGCAACAAAAAUCUGUAAUGAACACAGUGAUAAAAUAAACUCUGAAACAGGUCUUAACUAUGGUGAAAAUGCUUUGUCAAGCUUUUCCCAAGUAACCAAUAAAGAGGAUGAGACAUCAUCUCCUCAGAUCCAUGUGGAAGGAUUUCUCACAGUUGAUGAAUUGUGUGAUAUGUCAGCCUUGACUGACUGUAAAUCAGUUACAACAGAUCUAGAUGAUGCUUCAGAAUGUUCCACAGAACAAAUAACAGAAAAAUAUUCACCUAAUUACACAGAGCUUAUAGAGCCUAUGGAAACACCAGAAAACCCUGAAAAUGCAGAAAUUCCCUUUGUGGACCAUUGGAGUACUGGUGCUGUAGAUCCAAAAGAGAGUCCUGAAUCAGAUACUGGCAGUGCAACCACAUCCUCUGAUGAUAUAAAACCAAGAUCAGAAGAUUAUGAUGCCGGAGGCUCUCAGGAUGAUGAGGGAUCCAAUGAAAGAGGGAUUUCUAAAUGCAGUACUAUGUUAUGUCACGACUUUCUUGGAAGAAGCAGCAGUGACACAAGUACACCGGAGGAAUUAAAAAUUUAUGAUAGUAGCCUAAGAAUAGAAGUGAAAAUGAAAAAAGAGGGUUCUGAUCUCUUCCGUGUUAAUUCAACAAGUGAUGAUGAAAUACCAAGAAAAAGACCUGAAAUUUGGUCCCACCAAGAGAGUUCCCGGACCACUACUAGAGAAAGCAAAAGUUCUACUUUUGCUAAUGCACAGUUUACUCAGGAAGCAGACCAAGUUUCUUCUUCUGCCGAUGAAACAGAAGAUGACAGAUCUGAAGCAGAGAAUGUUGCAGGAAACUUUCCCCCAACAAAUGUUCCUACUCAGCAGUUCCAAGGAAUUGAUAAUUUAGCUUUUGAGGAUGCAACAGAAAAUGAUAAUGCAAGUCAGGAGUUUUCUAGAACUAAAAAUUUCAAACGAUCUGUUUUACUUUCAGUAGAUGAAUGUGAAGAAUUGGGAGCUGAUGAUAAAGUGGAAACCCACACUUCACGUCAGCACUCAGUAGAUUCUCUUACUCCUUCGGAAGUAUUUGACACUGCUUCUCAAGAGCACCAUGGAAAGACAUUUUAUUCAAGAUACUCAUUGGAAACUGAAGAUGGAUUCCUGGAUGGCAAACAGCACAAGGAUAGAGACAAUAGAUUAGAUAAAAGUGGAAGUUCUCUCCUGCAUCAUCAUAGUACUGAAAUCCCAGGAAAGGAGAAUCAAGGUGCUUCAUUGACUGAGAAAAAUUGCCCAGAGCAAGUAUAUUCAGCAGAUAGUCCACAUCCAGGAGAAAACCAGCAAGUAAAUAUGAAGAAUGAGGUGGCUAGUGAAGUCCACCAGUGCAAUAAGUACUUAGACAAUGAUGCAAAAUCUCAAGAAAGACCAUGUCAUCUGGAUCUUCAGCAGAGAGAAACUAAUUCUGAUGUGCAAAAGAGCAGCUCUGCAAAACCUGUAGAAGCCAGUAAGAAUCAGAUGCUGACUCAGGAAAGUCAAGUGAGAGACAGUCAACCAGCAACUACUGAAUGCGCUAAUACUGAUUUACUUCCAGGAGACAUAGAUGAUUAUGACACAAUGGCACAAACCUGCAUGUUUGAACAUCGGCCUUCAAAAACCCUUUCUCCAAUAUAUGAGAUGGAUGUUGGAGAAGCAAUUGAGCAGAGGAUGGAUUCAGAAACAGCAGUUCUAGAGAUGGAUUUUGAAGAUCAACAGUUUGCAGAACAGGACUGGACUCUACUCAGGCAAUUGUUAUCUGAGCAGGACUCAAAUAUAGAUUUCAAAAACUCUGUUCCUGAAGACCUUAACUUAGCACAAUGUCUUAUCAAUCAGACACUGUUUCUGGCACGAGAUGGUUCGAAUCCUCAGGGUACCUCACAAGUUGACACAUUCAGUAGGUGGACUGAACUCAUGUCUCCUCUUGACGAUUCCUCAGCAAGCAUUACAGUGGCAAGCUUUUCAUCUGAAGACUGUUCAUCCCCUCAAGGGGAAUGGACAAUUCUUGAACUGGAAACCCAUCAUUAAGGUGUCAGCUCUUUGCAACUGAACUCCAACCCAUUCCCCAAAUCUAUUUUUGAUGAGUUGUUUCCAUUCCAUAAUGAAAUACUGCAUCAGUCAAGAACGACCAAUUCUUGAUACUGAGGCAAUCUUUCUGAUAAAAUGAGGUAAAUAUGUUAACUUAUCAUCUAGACUUAAUCACAAGUACAAUAAUUUUUCAAGACUUAAAUGUAUGUCUUUUCUAAAAAUGAACUUUGAGCAUGUAUUUUCUAGAAUUGUUAGAAAAACUAGAUGACAUGAAAGAAAAGACUGGGUUUCCACCCUCUCUUUUAUCUUCUUUUUUGACAUUUAAUGUUCUCAUUGAUCAAAAAUUUAAAGAUGAAUGCACUAUUAGUAGAGCUAUUCCUCUCCUUCCCCCCCACCCCCCAUAUGGUGACUUCAUUUUACAACAAUAAAGAUUCAGAAUGGUUGUGUCAAAAGGUGAUGUGUGCCAACACUGCUUUAACUGACAGGAAAACAUACUUACAAUUCAAAGAAAAUGUUUCAAUCCGAUUCUGCCUUGGGCCUUAUUAAUAUGAGCGGCUUGUUUCAUCUGUUUCUUCCAGAUUUGACUUUUGUAUUUUGGUUUCUUCUGUUUAGAAAUUUCCAAUAAAUUUUUAAAUUGCCUUUUCUUCAAAUAUAAGACUUCAGAGGGUCUGUGCUGUAUGAAGACCACUAUUUCUUUCAUGAAAAUGCACAUAUUUAAAUAAAUUUUUUAAAUGGCAUAGUGCAUGAAUUCAAAGGAGUUGGUAGAAUGUUGCUCCUGUUCUAAGAAACAGCAUGUCUGAUGUCUCCAAAAGUACAUCUGAAUCUGAAGUUGUGGUCAGUGUUACAUCUGAAGUUUGAUGAUAAUUAGAAUUACCUUCAGGCAUUAAUUAAUUAUACUUGCAUGUUCUCAUGCUAAGGUGUAGCAAGAGUCUCAGGAAUUUGGUUUUGUGCGUUUUCAUAGAUGCCAUAGUUUUGGGAGUGGCAAUAGGAUUCUUGCAUCUUCAUUAUUAUCUCUAGUGUAGCUUUUAUAAAUUGAGACUAAACAUCACCAUAACCUUUCUUUUGACUCUGAGUGAAACAGGAUAUACAGAUCAUUUUGCUGCUUUUCUCUCUUUGGGUGUGGACAGGAUAUCUUUUCUGGUUGACAGGCGAGGAAGGAGUGAGGAACUUUUUGCAAUUCUUACCAAGUCAGAACCCCUGACACAUACAGGUUUGGUUUUUUUUUUUCCCUGCAAAGGUUGGACCCUCUUAAGAGAUCUGCUUUAUGGAAACACUGGAGCUUGUCUUUCACACAGCUUAAAAUCUAAAAAGGAAGUAUUCUACCUCCUCUAAGUCAUUAACAGAAGUGCCUUCAGAAGUGGGUGCCAUAUAAAAGGCAACUAACAUUGAUUUAGGUUGAAACUAAGUAUACAACUUGAGCUGACUGUAACCAUUGAUAACAUGGUCAGUUUUGCAAGGUUUUGCACAAUUCCAGCAGUGCACCUUAACUUUCUUGACAAACUUCAUUUCUUUUUAUGCAUAGUCAGAAACUCAGUUCUGUGGAAAUGUAAACUUACCCUCAUGUAUGAUUAAAGAAGUUUUGACUUUGGAUUUGACAGAAUAAAGGUCUUUGAGGCAUUUGGUUGAAUUUCUGGUACAAAAGUAAAAGUAAUAUUUUAUUCUCAAAAUGAAUGGAGGAAGAAUUUUAUCUUGUUCUUUAAUAUCUUUUAGCAGCAUCAUAAAUAGUCUGAGAUAUUGUAAUUCAAAACAUUAUAAAUGUAAUGCUCUGUAUUUAACCCAGUCUUCAUAUUGAGGGAGUUAGAACAACCUUUAGAAGUGCAAAACAUCAAGAAAACCUAUUUUUCACCUUCAGCGUUUACAAGGUACAUCAAUAGGUGAUAAUUGUUUGGAUAAAAUAAAGAACUAUAGUACUGGCCAUGAAGAAGUUCAAAAGAAGCUCUUACCGGAGGCUAAGGAAUAGUGUUUUUUAAUGUCUAUGCAAAGCACUAAAGUAAAAGUUGUUUACCAAAAAGUUUAAUUUAACUUUAAAAUCCUGAUGAGAUUCUGACAGUUGGCAUUCACACAUUAAAAAAGAUGACAUGGUGGAAAGGAGAAGUGACAGAACGUGAAAGACCAUUUUUCACUUCGCCCAUAUUUUUGACUUCUUACUGAAUUGAUAAAGUGACACUGAAAAUUGACAUAAAAUUUCAGGUUUAUUGUAUGAAAUACAAUCCCAUAUAGGGUUUUUUAAUUGUGGUUUUUGUCUUUGCAUUUACUUUUCAGUUGUAUCAAAAUUAAAUUAGCUGCUCUCUUUGAGUCCCCAGUGAUGUUGUUGCAAUUCCUUUAACAGCUUUGCAGCAGACCACUGAUUAGGAUAUGGUAUUGUUCAGUUGGUACAUAGGCAGCCAUAGAAUUCAGCUUCCCACAGCCUAAUAGUGUCUGUAGAAGUAGCAGGAAUAGAAAGUGGUAUUGUUUUUAAUUCCCGUUACUAGAGUGCCUGUGAGGCUUAAUCAGACCAGCAUCCCACUGGCUAGACAUUGUACAAACAAAGAGCAAAAACAAAGACUUCCCACAGAGUGGCUAGAAUCUAAGAUAAGACAAAAGACAAAAAAAGAAUGCAUACGAAUGGAAAAGUAAAAUGAGAGUGUCAAUAUUUGUCUAACUGAUUAGCAAUGGUUUCAGCACAUCAUCAGUUUAAAUAGUCAUUUUUUCUCCUGUAUGCAUUAUGAGAAGGGGAAACUUUAGGGUGAUAUUUGAAGGCUGGCUAAUGAGGGAGCUGGAAGAAUGUAUAUUCCUGCCUAGCCUUGUGUGUUCCCUAAACUGUUUGACCCUGACCUCAUUCAGGAGAGUGUUCAAGCUUUAAGCCAGGUGUAGGUAGCUAUUUGUUUAACUGUAUCAGUCACCUGAGUUCUUUGGAGUCCUUCUCAUACCUCCUGGCAGUGAUUUUAUCACUGUAUUCACCUCUCCUCCAAAACGUGAGAGAAUGGAUAAAGGUUUCAUAGAGCAACAAUCAAAGCCAGUGCCACGGGCUCCAAGUGAAUAGUGAUUAUGAGGUCCUGAAAGACCUCUAAAUGAAAAGCAAGGUAGAUACAUCUGAUGAAACAGUGAAAGGGCACCACUGAGGAAACUGAAAAGGUGGCAUAGUCAGAAUACCACCCUUGCAGUAGUAUUUGGAAUAAGAGCAGUGAAAUUGCUUUGCCAAAGCCUGAGAAGACCAGGUUGCAGUUAACAGGUGAAAGUGACAGCUUACCUGAGACUGUUCUGUGAAUGGGCAAAGAUGUCUGUAUCCUACAGACAGCAACACCACUUUUAGUAAACUAUCAGUGAAAUUUAAAGGAGAGGACUUGGAAAUCAUUCUCAGAUAAUGACCCUGAUUUGGCCUACCUUGAAUGACAUGUUAUGAAAGCAAAAAAUACGGAAAGAUGUUUUAUAUGUAUGAAUGUAUUAAGUUUAAAAAAGGCUAGACUUCCAAAAGUGAUAAGUAGGCAUAAUUACUUUUUUUUUUUUUUUUUUCACUUGGAAAGUUGGAGUCUAGUCUGAACUGCAGAAGCAGCUCUGCAGAGUUUUUACAUACAGAAAAUAGCUAAAAUUGCAUUUGUGGAGUAAGUCACCGACAGACAUAUUGCAGACAAAAUGGAAGGCCAGAUGCUUGGAACUGUAUCCUUGGAAGGAAAGUGAGGAAAGGGGAAGUUCUUCCAAAUAAUCUAUUAAAAAAAUAAAUUAGGGAAGUAAAGGAAAUAAAAGGAUGGAGGCAGGAGUAAAAUGAGGAUGAGAGGAUUUAAGGAAAGCUACACCACUGAACAUAGCCCACAAGGCAGAUGAGUAUAAACUAUCAGUUUUGAGGUUGAUUAGGAAAGAGUUCCUGGGGGCUAUGGUCAAAAUGAGAGAUUGGCCCCCAGAGCCAAAGGCAACAGACAGCAGUUUGGUAGAGCCUGCCAGAACUGCAGGAAGGAAACUGAGCCUAGCCACUAAGAGAGAAACAGCAGUUAGAAAAGCAGAUGGGUUAAUAAUAUAUUUGGGGUUGCUUUUUCAAUGUAUGAGAUUAUACCAUGUUUAUACAGGGUAGCAAAAGAAAUGCAGAGGCUGAGACACACAGUGAAGAUCAGAAGAGAUAAGUAAGCAUGAAAUGAGAUCAGCAGGCAGUCUGGACUGCUACAAGUGAUCAGAUAAGUGCAUAAAAACCCCAGACAUCUGCUUUUGUGGCAUAGGGGUAAUGGAAAGGACACUUCAUAAAUUCGUAAGGUUUUCCCUUAGAAAAGCUUCUUCCAGAAUCAAAGAAUUACAGAAAAAAAAUCAGAAAAAUCAUAGCAAUACAGGAAAAUGCAGGCUUGAACUGAAUACUGAAGGUCUGUAGUCCAACCUCCUACAAAAAGCAGGGGUAACUUCAAAGUUAGAUCAGGUUCUUAGGGCCUCAUCAAUGUCCAGAGCACAUAAAAUUAUAAUAAAACCAGCAGGCAGAAACACAAUGCUCAUGAGAAACAGAUAUUUGAGAUUAAACUAUUCUCAUUAAAAUAAAAGUACUUGAGGUGUUGUUGGAAAAUAUUAAUAAUUGAGUACAAGAAAUAUUGCUAGCUUGCAGUGUUUUUAAGUUCUGGAUGAUAUGUGACGGAACUGUACAUGUGUAGUAAUCCUAUUCCAUAGUUUUUAAGGUUUUAAAUUAUUUCAAAAUUACAUUCAAUUUUUGAGAUGGCAAAUUUUAUUAUUGUUUUGGAGGAACUAGGGGAAGAGAAUUUCACAUGUUUCUCACAAAGACUGUCCUUAGGAUGUGUUCCCCUAGCAUUGUCUAUCAGUUUGUUUCAGGGAAUAUGUUACAAAAAAUCACAUACCUCUUCUAGGUACAUGCUGUAGGAGACUAUUUUAUAUCUAUUUCAGUAUAUAUUAUUGCCAUCUGGAAAAUAAUAAGUAGCAUGCUCAUUCUAUUUUGCUCCAGAAAACCUAAACUUUUGCAUGAAGGAGAUAAGAACUGCUCUUAUGUUGUUCAUCUGUUGCUCAGAACCAAGACAUUUAGGAAUUCAUUAUUUUGCCUUCACUAAUGUCAAGAAAACCUCUUGUUGACCUCAGCUGAAUCAGUUUCAGGGCUUGUCUAUAUGAAUGCAUGUACUAGAAAUGCUAUUUUUCCAAUAUAUCUAUUUCGUAGUUUUCUAGUUUUACUCUACUAGUAACAUUGUACAACUGUAGGUAUGACAAAUUACAGCUAGAAAGAGUUCAAUUUAGGAGUCAUAAUUGUAUGCAUUCUGUUAAUAUUUCAUGACUGGGGUGAUUUAACAUUUGUACAUUGAUGGAUGACGUUCUUGCCAGGACUACACAGGAACUGAGGACAAAAGAUAAAAUGAGAAUUAUUGCAGCUUUAUUACUACAGAUGAUUCUUUGGAAAUGGGCUUUUAGAUCUGAAAUCAAAUAUGAUUAGAAGCUUUCAUCUCUUGCAGAAAAUCCAUACUGAUUUUCAUCUUUCUCUCUUGAACAAAAGCUAUAUGCAAUUUUUUUAAAAUAAGCUUUAAUGUUCAACUUUGAAAAAAUUACAACUCAAAUGUCUUCUUUAGCUAAUUUAAAACCUAGCUUCUUCCUAUUGACAAUUACUGUGUGUUUAAGGAAACUAAACCUGGAACAGAGAAAAGCGAUGUAUCAAAAAGCUGGAUAUCAAGAGGGGAAAAAUACUGAGUUUGGUAAUUUCUUUAGUUUUUUACAUUUGGUAACUAAAACCAGAAGAAGCUACACAGAACAGGUGCACACACACACCUGUUUGUUUCUUGCAUUUGACCUUCCUUUCAUACUUCUCUUUGCAAUCUGCACUGUACACCCCAUUAAGCCACAGUUCCGCAAACACAGAAGUGAAUCCACAGCCACAUCUGCAGAUUGGCUUUCAGCUUAACAUUCUCUUUUCAGAGAGGGUAAUGGAGCUGACACCGGGGGCAGGCACUGUGCAUACUUGUGUUUUUAUACGCUACUCAGCUUAAUGAGGUUCUAAUCCUCAUGAACCAUCUGGAUGCAAUUAAAGUAUGAAAUAAUUAAUAAUGGAAUUCCAUUAAAUUGCUUCCCUUUUCUCCUUAAAUGAUUGCUCAGAAGACUGUCCAGUUAAAGAAAUCAAAGUCCUAAGAAUCUAACUUUUUACAUUACAUGCAACAAGAGUUCUUUCUCUAUUGCAUAGUAAAAUAUGAAUACAUACCUUCAAUAACUCAGACUUCGGUAGGAGGGGCCAACUAUAACUCAGUAACUAGAUACAUUUAACAAGGACACUGAUGGUCAAAAUAGGGUUUGUGUACUUAAUAAUGAUGACUGUUAACUGGACUAGAGUGCAUAUUCUGGUGAACCUGAACAGAAGUGCACAAAUUUGGGACUCAGCCCAGUUACCCAGGUAGUCCAUCAUACUUUGUUUUUAUGCAUUCAAGUGACAGUGACUACCUCUUUUUCAGCUCCCACUGAAGUUAGUGUGACAGAUGCACAUUUAUAAAGAUCACUUUAUUUGUCUGAACAGAAAGACUAGUUACUGGAGUAAAAAUUUGGCCUGUGUACCUUAAAUGUAUAAAACACUUUUGAGACUGAUCUCACCAACUUACUUUAACCUACAAUAUCCUCACCUAUGCAAUCCUUAUGCAGAAAUUCUUUCAAUUUUCUUAGAGUUGUGCUUAACAAAAUCAUUUUCGUUCUUCACUUUUUUUUCCCUAAUAACCCUCUUUUGAAUGUGGCAUGACAUCCUGGCAGUAGAGUGAUAUCAGUGUGCUUAACAUCAAUACAGAUAGGACCAACCCUGUGUACAUGCCAGAUUCAGUGUAGGUAGAGUAAAAACUUUUUGUGAUUCUCACAGAAUGAGGUAAUAGCCCUACACAAGAGACUCGCCUCUAAGUCAAACUUCCUGCCUGUAAAAAAAUCUCCUUCUGUAUCUGUAAAGAAAAACCCCCUACAAGCUCUAUUUUCUGGAUUAUCAUGUUCUAGUAACCAAGAUUAAUCCAAUAUGUGUAUAAUGGGAUGCAUAUGAAGACAAGUUUGAGUCACUACCUGUAGUCCAUGGCUUUGUGAAUAUUUUGCUCACUCAGUCCUGUGGAGGGGAGGGUGUUAAGCUCUCAAACCGAAUGCUUGCAUGUUCCCCACCCGCUUGCUCUCCAGACAUAGCUAACGAGCUCGGGCCUAAGUCACCCUAUUUUGAAAUGAUUCCUUGUCAACAUGGUGUUCUGUUUCCAGAAUAUCUGUAUGGUUGCAUAGUCCCACAACCUUUCUUCCCAUGUUACAUACUGAAGGUUUUUAGUUGAUUUCUGUAUGACAGAUAAUAAUAAA